GUAACUAUUCGAUGCAGAUGUGUAGGUUGCAACUCUGUGCUACACAUUCUUGAAUAUGGACGUUGUACGGCGUCAAUGAACUGACUUGUGUAAUUACAGAUCACUACAAUGGGACGAUGAUUGAAGAGAAAAUUGACGCUACGGGAAUACCGCUUUUCAGGGUAACCUUUCUAGGUGCCCAUGGCGUUGGUAAAACAUGUUUGAUCAAUGCUAUAAUGAACAAUGUAUUACCACGUUUGUAUCAGCCUACAUUAUUACCUGAGUUGUAUUAUUUCUUGCUCAGGUUGUCUUAUGACCAUCCUAUAUCCGGUAACGAAUUUGAGGAUAUCAAUGCAUUCUGCUUUGAACUUGAAGACACCUGUGCAGAUGGCGACGUUCGUGGCUUAAUAGACAUGACAAAAGCUCGUUGGACAUUUGAGAGUGGUAUGGACGACUAUACUCCCUUUGGUAUUUUCAAAGAACCACUAUUACCGAUGUCUAAAGGAGAGCGCUUUAGACCUGUAUCGCAGAAUCGCAUGGCAUUUCUUGUGGUAUUCGACGCUAGCAAUGAGGAUAGUUACAAAUAUGCGAUUUCACUAGCUGAGUAUAUCAUACAAAACUACAGCUACGUCGGUGCUACGCAGCCUGUAGUAUGCCUUGUUGGCAACAAGUGCGACCUUGUUCAAGAUGACAUUCCCUUAUGGCAGGACGCUGAGGGAUUCAGCCAAAAGUAUACCGUGCCCAUAUACCGUGUAUCGGCCCAAUUCAAUCGCAACGUAGCUAAGAUGGUCCGUGACCUGGCUAUGAUUCUGUACGGUACAUUAGGGCUAUGGGAAAUUGUAACUCAUAGUACAUAACUGAUGUAAUAUAUUCUGUAAGAU